AUAAUUUGAGACAGUUUUUGUGGGGGAUUUCAGAACGCAUUUCAACUCGUGCGGAAAAAGAAAUCGCAAAUAUGCAGUACCUGAUGGUUUAUGAUGGCAAUCACUCAUCUAUUAAUGAUGGAUUUUAUGAUCCUUGGAAUUUCAACUAUUUCUGUCAUUUGUUACAUAGCAGAGCAUACCAGUCUGAACUGGCGGAUAUUUCGAAAUAUUUUUCUUUGGGGGGAUGUAUUGAAGGAAUUGCUAUUAUAAUGGACACCUUGUUUGAUGUUAAGAUUGAGGAAAUAUCAACUGAAAAUAGUAAUGAACUUUUGUGGAAUCAUGACGUUGUGAAAUUAGUAACAUUCAAAUUAAGUAUGAUAGAGUGUCAAAAGUAGCGAUAGCAUUAUUGGUUAUAUUUAUUGUGACCUAUUUGCUCGUGAUGGCAAAAGUCGACAGGAUUGUCAUUACACCAUUCGUUGCGCUAAACGAUUUAUUGAUGGAUCAGUUCAGAUUCCAAUUUCAACGAUUUCAUUAAAUCUAGAUGAAAGAUUGGAGGGUCCUUUGCUUUUAAAUCCUUCUAUGGUGAGGAAUUUGUUUCAUGAAUUUGGACACGCAAUACAUACCAUUUUUGGCCAAACUAAAUAUCAGCAUGUUUCUGGAACAAGAUGCCCUACCGACUUUGCUGAGGUACCCUCUAUUUUGAUGGAAUAUUUUGCUUUCGACUUUCAUUUCUUAAAGAAGUAUUCAAAACAUUAUAAUACUGGAAUUCCGAUUAGUGAUAAACAUGCAUUGUUAAUUUCAAACAUUGAAAGAAUUCAUUCUCCUUUGAUACAAGAACAGCUGAUUUAUUCUUUACUUGAUAUCGAACUCCAUGUUACUAAAUCACCUUCUCCGUGUAAAACUAAAUCCAUUUAUGAAGAGAUUUUCAAAAAAAUUACUUCGAGAGAACCCGAUCCUUUUCUCGUACCAUAUUUAAGAUUUUCACAUUUUUCAAAUUAUGGAGCAAAAUAUUAUUCAUAUUUAUUGUCGCAUGCAAUUGCUUCUCGAAUAUACUAUGAGAAUUUCUCUGAUCAAAAAAAAUUUAAGGUUAAUGGGAAAGUGCUUCGUGAUAUUUUACUUUCCCGCGGAGGAUCAAGAUCCGCUGUUGAGAUUUUGAAUGGUAAUUUGAUAGAAAAAUAUACCUUAGAAUACUUUGCUGAUUCUAAGUUUGAAAUAAACAAAUAUUCCGAGUUUUUAACGCUUGAUUGUUUAGAUUUGUAA